UCUUUACGACUCCUUCAGUGCCAUCAGCUGGUCUCAACCUUGCAUGGAUCUUGUAGGCUACUACAUGCAGUGCAUUGUUACCCAACAUGCUCCUAGCCUCACGAUUAUCAACAUCUCAUGGAAUCCGACACCAAACCUGUAGUUAGGCCGAAUUCGCGUUGACGAUUCUCAACGGUUCUCCCGAGAUACGAAAAACAACAGGCUCCAUUUUGUUCUCGAUUACAGCUUUACGUAGUGAUUCUUUCUUUGCCUAUAUAUCCGAGAUGUCGCAAACAGCAGCGCUACGAUUCCCUUCAACUGUCUUUCCUACUAACAGAUGACUUGUCAAUCUCUAGCCAUGAUACUCCCCAAGGUUCUGGCUUUAGCAUUCAUUUGCCUAACAAGUUUCACUGCAGCCUCUCCUGUUGACAGUGAAGGAGAAAAAUGGGGAAGUGAUCUGGUCGUCAGACAAGAAAAUUCAGAGACACAGGUCCGGAAAGAAUGGUCAGUGACAAGUUACUUUCGGCACAUACUUCAAGAACUAACAGGCUUCUUUAGGAGAAAGCUAUCCGAUGAUGAAAAACUCGAUUGGAUUGACGCCGUCAAGUGUAUGAUGAGCAAACCAGCUCUAAACGGUGCUAUUUACAGUGGUUCACGGAGCCGGUAUGGUGAUUUUAUGGCAUUACAUAUCCAAGCUGCGGAUUAUGUGCAUUUCAAUGUGAGCUCAAGUCGCCCUGAUCAGAUAUCUGGUGCUAACCUCAUUAAUUAGGGUCCCUUUUUACCGUAUGUGGGGUACCUUUGGAAUACUUGUGAUAUAAUCCUAACGCAAUUUUGUAGAUGGCAUCGGCAUCUUCUGAUUCUUUGGGAGCAAGAACUAAGAAAUACUUGUGGAUACGCUGGUUCUCAACCAUGGUGGGACUUUUCGCUGGAAAACACUGCAGAAACCUUCCCAAAGUCCCCCCUCUUUGACCCAUUACAUGGAGUUGGAGGUAAGAUUCCCACACACAAAGUUUUAGGGGGGUUUGGUUAACUUUAUCAGGUAAUGGUCCUUGGGUUGAGAACGUUAGCUCCAUCCCUGUUAGCAAUCCUGCGGUUAUUCUAGCUGAUAGAACUGGUGGUGGUAUGCAAGUCUUGUUUCCAAGCUCAUGUUUUCUGUUUAUUAACCGACAAUAGGAUGUUUGGACAACGGUCCGUUCGCUAAUUUGACUGUGACCAUGGGAAUCGGUAAGCACUUGAUAAAUCUUCAUUCCCAACGUUGUUGAUUGAAACCAGGAAACAACCUCGAUUACAACCCACACUGCCUUCGAAGAGAUUUUUGCCCCGAACUCAUUGCCAGCGCUCUAAGCGAUGAAAGACUCGCGGCCGUUAGAAACGCCCCAACAUUCAACGAUUUUAACAUUGCUAUUCAAGGGAAGAGCUUAGCAGUACCAGACGCCGUCAUACAUCUUGGUUUACACAUUGGCAUCGGUGGUCAAGUAGGUGAGCUUGCCGAUACUUGGUCUUCGCCUGGAGAUCCUCUCUUCUACAUUAUCCACUCUACUCUAGAUAAGUUGUGGAAUGACUGGCAACGUGCGGAUUGGGAUACGAGAAAAUCGGAAAUAUCUGGACCAGAUGCUAUGUGGGGUUAUCCAUUCGAUUUCUUCGGUCCCAUACCGUACAAAAAUAUCACUCUUGAUUAUUCGCUCAACUACACCAAUUUUGGAAGUUCGGUUACGAUCCGAAGCGUUAUGGAUAUUGAGGCUUUGGGAUAUACCUAUGACGAUUAGCUUUAUAAUAAGGGAAUUGAAGAGAGAAAUGGAGAUUCAGUCGAUUGGUAUUAUUUUUUGUAUUGGAUAAUCUUAUUCGGUGGAAUUCUCAAAGUAAACUCGGAAUCUUGAUAGAAUAGAGUAGUUCAUUUUGGAAGUCUCCGUGUUCUGCGGGAUACGGGUACUUUACGGUGAACAGAAAAAGUG